AUGUUCGACACGGUCUGUACGCUUCCGCUUCCAUCGGAUCUGUUCUCUCAGGCGAUUCACCCCGAGGAACCGGUAGUCUCUGUUGGUCUUGCUUCGGGCCACGUUCAGACCUUCCGAUUGCCUUCUGAGGACUCCGAUGAAGAAGAUGAUACUGCUUCUAACUCCUCCGCUCGCAAUGGCAAGGGCCACAUUGACACCAUGUGGAAGACCAGACGUCACAAGGGUAGCUGCCGCACUCUUGCAUUCAGCACGGAUGGAAAUACGCUCUACUCGGCCGGAACUGACGGCAUUGUGAAGGCCGCAAAGACAGAGACCGGCCAGGUCGAAAACAAAAUUGUGAUUCCGUAUGAGAAGGACGGAUCAGUGGACUGCCCAACUAUUGUCCACGCUCUUUCCCCGCAAACCCUCCUUCUUGCUACCGAUUCGAGUGCGCUGCACCUAUACGACCUCCGCGUCCCAUACUCCAAGGUCUCUGCGAAGCCUGAACAGUCGCACCACCCCCACGAUGACUACGUCGCAUCCUUGACCCCUCUACCCGCCUCCGAUACUAGUACUUCGGGUUUCAGCAAGCAGUGGGUCACCACUGGUGGUACCACUUUGGCCGUGACCGAUCUCCGGAGAGGCGUCAUGGUGCGCAGUGAAGACCAGGAAGAGGAAUUGACCAGUUCGGUUUUCAUGGGUGGACUGCCCUCUAGCGGAACCAGCCGCGGUCAAAAAGUGAUUGUUGGAGGUGCCAGUGGUAUCAUGACCUUGUGGGAGAAGGGUGCGUGGGAUGACCAAGACGAGCGGAUCCGUGUCCACCGCGACAAUGAGGGCGGUGAUGCCAUUGAGACUAUGGCCGUUGCCCCUGACUUCUUGGGUAAGGGCAAGCUUGUGGCCGCGGGUCUGAGCAACGGACAAGUGAAGUUCGUGCGCAUUGGACCAAACAAGGUCGUCUCCGAGGUUAUGCACGAUGAGAUCGAGGGUGUUGUGGGCCUAGGCUUCGAUGUCGAGGGCCGUCUGGUCUCUGGUGGUGGUCAGAUUGUCAAGGUCUGGCAUGAUACUGGGGAUGCAGGCGCUGGCGCUGGAGAUAAGCACAUGAUGGAUUCUGAGGACAGCGAUGACGACUCAGACAGCGAGGCGGAGCCUGAGGAGCGUGUUGAGGAACCCAAGGAUCGCAAGAAGCGCAAGAAGGGCAAGGGCAAGGACAUGAGUGGCGGACAGCAUGUCAUGGCCUUCCACGAUUUGGACUAA